UUGCCAAAUAAGGGAAGGAGCUGGUGCAGUAAGGCUAGAGAAAAGUGGGCGUUGGAGAAUUAGAAUUUUAUAUAACCAAGAAACGGGACAUAUAAUGUCAUAUUCUAAUAAAUAUAUUUUCACAGCUUUACCCAGAACUCAGAGAGGACAGCCAAUUGUACUGGGAGGAGAUCCAAAGGGGAAGAAUUUCUUGUAUACAAACGGAAAUAGUGUCAUUAUAAGAAAUAUUGAGAAUCCUGCUAUAUCUGAUGUUUACACCGAACACUCCUGUGCUGCCAUUGUAGCCAAGUAUUCACCAAGUGGAUUUUACAUUGCAUCUGGAGAUCAGGCUGGGAAAGUACGAAUUUGGGAUACUGUAAAUAAGGAGCACUUAUUGAAGAAUGAAUUCCAACCAAUUGGUGGCCCAGUUAAGGAUAUUUCAUGGUCACCUGACAGCCAGAGAAUGGUGGUUGUUGGAGAAGGAAGGGAAAGGUUUGGACAUGUGUUUAUGGCAGAGACUGGCACUUCUGUAGGUGAAAUAUCAGGACAGUCAAAAUCAAUCAACUCUUGUGAUUUUCGCCCAGCAAGACCAUUCCGAAUUGUGACAGGUUGUGAAGACAAUACAAUUGGUGUGUUUGAAGGUCCACCAUUCAAAUUCAAGAUGACAAAGCAGGAUCAUACAAGAUUUGUGCAAGCUGUGAGAUAUUCACCGAGUGGGUGUCAUUUUGCUUCAGCUGGAUUUGAUGGAAAAGUAUUUAUUUAUGAUGGUUCAUCAGCUGACCUGAUUGGAGAAAUAGGAUCACCUGCCCAUAAAGGUGGUGUAUAUGCUGUUGCCUGGAAACCAGAUGGCACUCAAGUCCUCACUGCAUCAGGUGAUAAGACUUGCAAGUUGUGGGAUGUAGAAACAAGAUCUGUGAUAACAGAGUUUGUGAUGGGUAGUCAGGUGGAAGACCAGCAGGUUUCGUGCUUAUGGCAGGGCCAGUAUCUGCUGUCAGUGUCACUUAGUGGCUUCAUCAAUUAUCUUGAUGUCAGCAAUCCUAAUAAGCAUAUACGAAUACUAAAGGGUCACAACAAGCCAAUCACUGUUCUCUGUCUGAGUCCAGAUCGGAAAAAAAUCUACACAGGCUCACAUGAUGGCUUCAUCUCCCACUGGGAUUCUGAAACAGGAGAGAAUGAUAGGAUCCAAGGAGUUGGUCAUGGGAACCAGAUCAAUGGGAUGAAGAUAAUAGGCAACUCUCUGUAUACAUGUGGCAUUGAUGACAGUGUGAAACAAGUGGAUAUCAGCUCUAAUAACUAUACAAGUGCUGACAUCAAGCUGGAUUCACAGCCUCGUGGCAUGGAUGUCAAAGAUGAUACCAUAAUCACCGCUUCUGUCAAAGAGAUAUCAGUUCUGCAAGGAGGAAGGAAAGUGACCAGCCUUCCUGUCGCUUAUGAACCUUCAUGUGUGUCCAUCAACAGCACACACCCAGAUGUAGCAGUAGGAGGAACUUUGGACAAUAAAAUUCACAUUUAUACACUGCUGGGAUCAAACCUAAGCCCAAAGGCAGAAUUGGAACAUCUUGGCCCUAUAACAGACUGUUCAUACUCACCAGACAGCCAGUACCUGGUGGCAUGUGAUGCCAACCGGAAGGUCAUCCUCUACAAACUUCCAGAUUACCAGAAACUUGCCCACAACAAGGAAUGGGGGUUCCAUAAUGCACGAGUCAAUACUGUAGCCUGGUCUCCAAACUCCCAGCUGGUUGCCAGUGGCAGCCUGGACACAACCAUAAUUAUCUGGAGUGUGCUGAACCCAACAAAACACACAAUCAUCAAGAAUGCUCAUCCACAGAGCCAGAUUACACGUCUCGCCUGGUUGGAUGAUGGAACAUUAGUAUCUGUUGGACAAGACUGCAACACCAAAAUAUGGAACAUCACUGCUUCUUAAUCUGUUACCAAUGUCUGGGUUCCUACAGCCAUGGAUAUGCACUACAGGAAAUCACAUGAUGAAAGUGUAUAGAGCAAUGACAAAUAUGAAGUUACUGAACUGGCUCCAGAUUUGUGCUUAGAGAUAAGCAAAAUAACUUUAUUUUUCACAUAAAUUAUGACCAGUCUGCAAACAGUGAGAUAAUAUUUUCUCUAUUCCUGAUACUCUUUUAUAUAUUAUACCUGUCUGAAAAAUGAUGGAAUGUGUAAUGCAUGUAGUUUCUGUGAGUGAUUUCAGUGAAUAACGUAUUUAAUUAUUUAAAUGAAUAAUGUAAUUAUACUGAUGUUUUCAAAUGCUGCCUCCAAAAUCGAGAUUAAGGAGGUAGUACCAACUAUACUGAACAAACAGCAUUAUUAUUAACUAUGUCUUUAUGGUCUGUCUUUAUAUUGCAAAUGAUUAUAAAAUAAAUGGAAAACUUUCUUGGCUAAAAGCAUUUCCUAACUGUAAACUGCUAUUAUAAAACUCAAAGAAAUGCAUUUUGUUAACUUUCUGCACAUAUCUGUAUUACAUUUGACCACAUAUUAUAA